UGUUCUGUAUGUGUAGACAGACAGUAUACAACCUUUUAACAGUUGGCCUAAGGGCAGACUGAAAAACAAAACCACACUGCGAAAAACAGCUGAAAGUUCAUGUGAAAACAAUAGUUCAUGUGAAAACAAUAGUUCAUGUGAAAACAAUAGUUCAUGUGAAAACAAUAGUUCAUGUGAAAGAAAUGGUGUGUGUGCAUAGUGUAAGAGCAUGAGAGAGAGAAACAUGGGAUCAACACGUCUGAUCUUUUAAAUAAUAACUAGGAUAAAAAAUGAUUAAAAAAACACCAACCUCCCUGUGAAAAUAUAACAAACAUACAUAACCUCCCUAACCUGCCGAAUCCAGGUCACUGGUAGGAGAAAUACCAUCUGCAUGGGCAGAUGCUAACAGCAGCAGUUCCAUCAGUCUCAUCAUAUGGCUCAGGUGGUAGAACAUGGCUCUUGCAAUGCCAGAAUUGUGGGUUUGAUUCCUGGGUCACCCACACACAAAAUAUAUGCAUGCAUGACUGUCAGUAACUUUGGAUAAAAUCAUCUGCUAAAUUGCAUGAUAUUGUUAUAUUAUAAGAAGUUUGACAAACAAGGGCUUUUUUUUUCAGUUGUGGUCAAAAAAGCCAAAGAUAUUGAUAACUAACCCUGUGCGUGAGCUCUUAUUUUACCACUUCCCCAUCUUCAGGAAGUGUAUUAGGUGACGUAACAAACGCAGGCCCAAUACAUCGCAGUAACAUAUCUCACAUGAAAGACAUCGUAGUGACUUUCCUCCAUGAUAAGAUGGUUUUUCUCAACUUCACCGAUUCCUCAAAACUAGUAGCCACAAUGGCAUCACAUUCCCCUCCAAAGGACUGUGGCUUUAAUGAAGAUACCUUAAAUAUGACUAUAUCAAGUCUCUACUUCCUGUUGUUCAUCCCGGCCCUCAUCAUCAAUGGGGUAGCAGUCUGGGUCUGCAUGCAACUUCGUUCAACGUCCACCUUCAUGGUGUAUCUGAAGAACCUUCUGGCCGCUGACCUUCUCAUGACCCUGACCAUCCCUGUCAAAGCAGCCAAUAUCCUGCCCAGUGCUCCUCUGACUCUGAAGACCUUUGCCUGUCGCUACUCCGAUGUUCUUUUCUAUCUCUGUAUGUACAUGAGCAUCAUUCUGUUGGGCCUCAUCAGUCUGGACCGCUUCUUCAAGAUCGUCAGGCCCUGUGGCAGGUUGUUGGGUCAGAACCUUGUCUUCGGCAAAGUGCUGGCUGCUUCCAUCUGGGUGGUGCUGUUGUCCACUGCUGUCAUUCCAACCAUGAUCCUGACCAAUCAGGAUCCCACAAACAAGACUAAACUAUUCUGUAUGGCAAUGAAGAGCAAUGCAGGACAAGAUUUCCACAGUGGCUUGGUCAAAUUAAACAAAGCAAUCUUCUGGGUGGUGUGUGUUCUUAUUUGUUUCUGCUACAUAUGCAUAGCAAGGAAGGUUUUUCAAUCAUACAGGAAAUCAGGAAGCAGCAAUGACGAAGGGAGGCAUAAGACCAAAGUGCGUGUGUUUUUGGUUCUGGUGGUUUUCCUGACGUGUUUCGGACCCUACCACGCCGUACGGCUCCCCUACACAUUGCUUCAGGUUACCUCAACAACCAGCUGCACUAAGGUUACCUUACAGAUCUCUAAGGAGUUCACCUUGUGGAUGUCAGCCAUGAACGUCUGUCUGGACCCUCUCAUCUACUUCUUCCUGUGUAAGUCCUUCAGGAUCACCUUGUUCAAGACGCUCUGUCUCCCACCUGGGACCUGUAGCUGGCUCACUGGGAGAGGACCCAACACAAUAGAGGAUCAGACCCCAACACAGGAUGGAGACUCCUGUGCCUGUACAGAAAAUUAAAACUCUUUGGAAUUAUCUACUUCAUGUUGUGAGAUGUUCUGUUUGACAGAGUAUAAUACUGCUACCUGGUGGAGGGUUAACUAUCCAAAGAGUUAUACUUGAAAUGAAUCCACCAGGUGUAAUGUACUAUCCUACUCUUUCUAUUAGAAAUGCUACGUUACAGCCUUAUUCUAAAACAGAAUAACUACAUUUUUUCCCUCAUAAAUCUACACACAAUACCCAAUAAUGGAGGGCAGUACAGGCCCCAUUUAACAUCGAUGUGGUUGUAGUGGAGCAAGAUUCUUGGUGUCCACAUCACCAACAAACUGUCAUGGUCCAAACACACCAAGACAGUCGUGAAGAGAGUACUACA